GAAACAAAUAGGCUCCUGCUAACAAAAACAAUACUACAAGUCUUGGCCACCUUCCACUUCGCUCCUAGCCUUACGGCCACCUCUUCUAUGGCCCAACGAACUCCUCAUGAAGGUGCCCAAACACAGAUCCCGCAACGAGGCUCGGCACUCCAGCUGUUCAAUGUGACCUUUCAUUCAACAACAUACAGCCUGUCACACAAAGCUUUAUAUAUUCACCAGGUUAGUUCAUGAUGGUUUGAGGAUUUGUUAAUCAAAUUGAAGCACAACACUGCAGAAAAAGGAGUAAAGAAUGGCUUGUAAUAUCUACCCAUAACUGGAAAUCCAGUCAAUGCAGAGUGCUAUCAUUGGCCAUUUCUCAAGUUUCCCUACCAGUGGCUGUGACCUACUGAAUGAUGUUGUGUCCACAUUCUUCAUACUCUCAACAGGUUGUGAUCACUGGGAUGAGUUGUUAGAUGGUGGUUUGUAUUCUGGGGAAGUGACAGAAAUUGCUGGUUCUGCUGGCAGUGGUAAAACUCAGGUAUGCAUGAGUAUAGCAACUUCUGUUGCCAUGAAUAUUGAGAAGAAUGUUGUGUACAUUGACACCCAGGCAGCAUUCAGUAGUGACAGGAUUAAAGAGAUGUUGUAUUCAAGAGAUUCCUCUUUAACUGGUCAGGAUACCACCAAUAUUUUGUCAAGGAUUAAAUGUAUCCAGGCAUUCGAUAUAUUUGAUGUUAUCAAUUGUUUAAAUGAUAUUAAAGACAGUCUUAAUAUGGAGGAUCAAGGAUUCUACAGUAACUUACGUUUAGUCAUAGUGGACUCAGUAGCAUUUGUAAUUGCACCAAUUCUUGGUGGUCAGCAGACACAAGGACAUUCAUUUAUGGUUCAUCUGUCUAGGGAUCUAAAGUCGUUAGCUCUAGAGCAUGGACUAUCAGUCAUGGUAACUAACAACGUUGUAACUGACGCAUUGACUACGAGAAAAGUAAAGCCAGCUCUUGGUCAAACCUGGUCUCACAUACCAAAUACUAGAAUUUUUUUGCAAAAAAGUGCAUGCAAGACAAAUGAGAGAAUUGCAACAGUCGUUAAAUCAUCUAGACAGCCCACAGAUAUUUCAACGACAUUUUUCAUACAGACUGGAGGAUUACAAGACUACACUUGAGUCAGGCAGCGUAUCAUAAGGUAUUAAUUCAUUACUAAACCCUGAGUAUAGCAUGUAGUAUAGUAUGUUAAAGGUACACAUUAAAGGCGCACGAAAUAAAAUCUCUUACAAAACUAAAA